GCUUAUCAUUUAUGUCCACGCUACUUUCCCUUUUCAUUUUUAAACUUUUUUGUUUUCAAUUUUGUUUCUUUAAUUUCACUUUUAGAUGUUCGGCUACCUCCUCCUCCAUCCUCUCCUCUUUGUCUAUCUGACUUCACUUUCCCUUCUCUUCUCUCCAAAUACCUCUUACCAUCUGAAUAUGAGACUAUGAGAGUAUCCGAAUGCAUGGAAGAUAUCAUCCACAUCACGAUGGAUGGAGUUCUCGUCACUAUGAAUUGUUCUCGCUGGAGCGGAUGGCGCAGCGCCUCGAGAAUGGGAGAUUGCAUCUCAGCUUCGAGAGACUAUGAUUUGAGCUUUGAGCUUUGAGUUCACAAGUCGCAACACACGUAGAGGAUCGAUCGAUCCUUAAUCACAACAAUCAUUUAGAACUAAAUCAAAGGACCGAUUUACAUGGUUUGAAUUGUCUAUGUAGGUAAUCUUUCUCAAUGAUGGCUCUUAAAUUGAAAAGAGUUAGUUCAGCUGGGGAUGGGGCAAACUAAAUCACAGAGAUCUCGGUUCGUCGAUUCACACCACCUGAGACGCCUACCCACCACGAACACGUGAAGAAAAUCAGGUCUACACUUACGAAGAUGGGGCGCUCACAGUAGCGACUGGAUUCAUCGUCGAUGCUGCGCCCUGACAGGUCGCCUGGUGGUCUCUAGGCUGGGAAGCGGAUGCGGGAUGACGCUGUCUACAUAUCCUAGGCUACGACUCCACAGAGUACAGGGCAUGGUACAUGUUAAGAUCUGAAAUACGGUCUUCGUCAUUGCACUAACAAAUUUGGGGCUCCCCUUCUCAGGUUUAGUGUAAUCAUUGCUUGAGACAACAUAAUGGCACCAGAAACUUCAAGGAUUUCCACAGAACAGAUGCAAGUAGGCUGUAUCAGCGGGCAGAGGUGAAUUUUGACCAUAAACCAAACCAGCUCCAGCUCAGACAAAAGCAGAUUUGAUUUCACCUCUCACACACAGAGUUUGAACUUUGAACAGAGACUUGGGGUAAGGGAGUAAGAAUCCUUCUGGUUCUGGAGCCUGUAGUCUUGUGCCCUGAGAUGAUGCAAAGGAUAAGUUGAAAUCUCAUUCUAUCCUUGUCAAUUCAUCAGGUUGUGUUUCUCUAUUACUUCAACUAAAUAAAUUUCAAAAUAUAUAUUUGUCUGGCAGGAAAAUCAACUUAUGCAGCAGCAAGAUUUUUUUGAAUUUCCAAAUAAGCAUGCAAUCAUUAAGAUGCUUUGAAUCAGUUUGUGUUAUUAUGAAGUUUUUGUAGUUCAAUUGCUUGAUUUCGUUUUAUGGAUUGUUAAUUAUACUAUGAUAUUCUGAAAAACUAAUUUAUAGUAUAAGACCUAACAAGUAAUAAGCCUUGAAACUAAUUUUCAAAUCCUGAAAUGUUCUUUGCACUUGAUCAAAAUGUAUGUUAAGAUCAAUAUGAGAAUUAUUUUAAGAUCCUGUUUUGAAAUCCUGUUUGCUCUAAUUUUCAAAUCCUGAAAUCUGCUUUGUACUUGAUCAACAUCAUAUGCUUUAUUGCAGUAUGAGAAUUACUACAGAAAUUUAAGGUUAAGAUCAAAAUGCUCAAUCGUGUAAGGAACUUGCAGAGGAAUCCAAUUAGAAUAUGGAAAUAAUUUGAAGAUUUCAGAGGAAGAACAUUUCAUCUAUGCAGAAAUGACAAAAGAAAAUAUAUUUGGGAGCUUUUGCAAAUGAAGAAUCAUGUAGCUACUCUCAGUCAUUCAGAUGGACUCAGUGGAAUGUUUUCUUUAUAUGGACAUUCACCAAGGAAGUAUGGUGGAUGAUAGUCGAGACUUAAAAAGCAUACUUCGAUCACGCUCGAUUCAGUAAAAAGUGUCUUAAACAAUGAGAAGGUGCAAGGAUAAUGAGCAAGACCGUUCGGCAACCUCUUUUCUGCAAUGUUUACACAAUUUGGAAGCCUAGGGAAGAGGCUAUAUUUGCUCAUAAGGUGAUUAGUGUUGAUAGUGUGUUUUUGCAUAUUAAACCUUGAUGUACAGGGUGUUAUUCAUACUGUCUCCUACCAUUUUUAUUGAUUUUUUAUGACAGUUUCAUUGUUUCUUUCUUGAUUAUUUCUUAGGAGUUUUGCAUGUAUGUACUAAUAUGCAAACUUUUGAGUGGUGAUUUGCCUUGUACUUUGGUGAUAGAGGAGGAGUAAUUGUGGAGUGCAUGGUGCUGAUGUUGUUGCUUUGGGCAAACUCUGCCGGUCAAAUUAUUCAGAUUAUAUGAUGAUACUGUGUUGCUUUGGGCAGACUCUACCAGAGUACCAGUCAGAUUAUGUGGAUUAUAUUAUGCUGCCGUUAGUUCCUUGGGGUAGAUUAUACUUUGGGAAAAUCGUUUGAGGUUGUUUUAUUUGUAGUUUAGUGGAGUAUGCAUUGACUUGUUAUGCUCCUAAUCCUUAAGUAGGAGUAUCAAAUAUGCGCCUUUGUGAUAUUGUAAAUUACAAUUUUGGCAUUUGAUUUAGUUUUCCCGUUAUU